AGCAACUCCUUUCAAGGGAACGACCAGGUACCAAAGUCCGCAGGACAACGCGGAGAAUGCGGCCUUUGCUCCGGGGUGCUCCAAUCUGCCCUGGGGUUGCCAUAUGGGGGACCCAGAAGCCAAAAUUUGCGCCGUCGGGCUCGGAAAUGCAAGAUUUGUUCCCGUGAGGAAUUCGUAACUCGGGUUUCCCGUGCAUCAUCAGCGUACUUCAGAGUGGCCUUCAGAUCAAGAAUGACCCAAAAGAAAUCAAAGCUUUGUUGCAGAGCCAAUGUGUAUACGCAAGUGCCUGAUGGAGGAUGGGGUUGGGCAGUAGCUGUUUCUUUUUUCUUCGUUGAAGUCUUUACAUAUGGCAUCAUCAAGUCAUUCGGUGUCUUCUUUAAAGACUUAAUGGACAGUUUUGAUGAAUCCAACAGCAGGAUCUCAUGGAUAAUAUCAAUAUGUGUGUUUGUCUUGACAUUUACAGCUCCCCUCUCCACAGUCCUGAGCCAUCGCUUCGGACACCGCCUGGUGGUGAUGGUGGGAGGGCUGCUGGUCAGUGCUGGGAUGGUGGCGGCCUCCUGCUCACAGAAGGCCCACGACAUGUACAUCUCCAUCGGGGUCAUCGCAGGUUUGGGGUACUGCUUUAGUUUCCUUCCAACUGUCACCAUCCUAUCACAGUACUUUGACAGAAGACGCUCAGUGAUCACUGCAGUUGCUUCCACAGGAGAAUGUUUUGCUGUUUUUGCCUUUGCACCAGCCAUCACGGCUCUCAAGGAGCAGAUCGGCUGGAGAUACAGCCUUCUCUUCGUGGGCCUGCUGCAGUUAAACAUCGUCGUCUGUGGGGCACUGCUGAGACCAAUUAUCAUCAGAGGACCCGAGUCGCCGAAAACAGCGCCCCAUGAAAACCGAAAAGAAGCGCAAUAUAUGCUUGAAAAUGAGAAAACGCGAACCUCUCUAGACUCCAUUGACUCAGGAGUAGAACUAACUACCUCACCGAAAAAUGUGCCUAGUCAUGCUGCUGCCGAGCCGGAGCCCAGGGCUGAGCAGCAGAUCCCAGGGAAGACCGGUUCCUCCCGCAGUGAGAAGAAAGGCCCGUUGUUAGACUUCUCCAUUUUGAAAGAGAAGAGUUUUAUUUGUUAUGCACUAUUUGGUCUCUUCGCCACACUGGGGUUCUUUGCACCUUCCUUGUACAUCAUUCCUUUGGGCAUUAGUCUGGGCAUCGACCCCGAUCGCGCUGCUUUUUUAUUAUCUACCAUGGCAAUUGCUGAAGUUUUUGGAAGAGUCGGAGCUGGUUUCAUCCUCAACCGAGAGCCCAUUCGUAAGAUCUACAUUGAGCUCAUCUGCACCAUCUUACUGACCGUGUCUCUGUUUGCCUUCACUUUUGCUACUGGAUUCUGGGGCCUCAUGUCAUGUAGCAUAUUUUUUGGGGUUAUGGUUGGAACAAUUGGGGGGAGCCACAUACCACUGCUCGCUGAGGACGACGUGGUGGGAAUUGAGAAGAUGUCCUCCGCAGCAGGCGUCUACGUGUGCAUUCAGAGCAUAGCAGGGCUGGCAGGACCACCCCUGGCAGGUCUGCUUGUGGACCAAAGCAAGAUAUACAGUAGAGCCUUCUACUCCUGCGCGGCUGGCAUGACUGUGGCUGCCAUGUGCCUUGCCCUGGUGAGACCGUGUAAGCAGGGACUGUGCCGGCAUCGUCAUUCAGGUAAAAAGAAACCAGACAGCCAUCGUGGGAAGACACUCCAGGACCUACCCGAGGACUUUCUGGAGAUGGAUCUUGGGAAAAUUGAUCCUAGAGUUCAUGUGACUGUAGAGCCAGUAUGACACGUUUUCGUGUCACAGCAGCCACGCUGUUGGCUGGAAAGGGGGCCCUGGGACACGGGGCAGAGGAGCUAACCACUCAAUUCCGCUUUCAAAGCUGCAUCUUAAAGGGAAUGUACAUGUGAGCAGCACUACCGACAUCUUUCCUUCCUCCCUUUUCCUUUUCGUUUUUGAAGCCAAAACAAAAACAACCAUAUGUAAGUCUGGCUGUAUUCAGUAGCAAUACACAGAUACACAGAAGGACUCUUUGGUUCACAUUCCACUAUUAAAAUAGUGACAUGAAUUAAUAAAGCACACUUCGCAGGUGAUAAAUUCCUAUCUCAGAAAACGACCUCUAGCCCAGGUCACCGAAAGGAAAUUGGCCAUUCCAAAAACAAAAUGUCUUGAAUCAUGGAAAAAAAUUAUUUUCAGAAAUAUGAGUAAAGUUUUUUGAAAGAAUUUGAAAAAUGCUGAGUUUCCAUUAAAUUACAGCCUCUGAAUUUUACAAAUAUUGCAUGAGACAAGUAUGCCAUAGUUUAAGACCAAACACUUGAAUAAUAAGCAGAAAACUUAAUAUUAUGUGAUCGGAGUUUCAUGAAUGUGAAGACUACCACUUCUUAUGGCCAGUCAUCACCAGAAGUAUUUUAAUACAGAAUAUACUAAAUUACAUUCAAAAAUGUAUUUCCUAUUGCUUUUAGUUAUUCAGAAAUAUGUGAUUGUAGUGUCCUUUAUUUAAAGCACUAUUUAUUAUUAAGUUAUUCUAGGGUAACUGAAAUAAUCAAAAGAAAUGAAAAGUGGGCUGGGGAUUUAGCUCAGUUGUUCCACCGCCUGCCUUGCAAGUGCAAGGUCCUGAGUUUGAUCCCCAGUACCGAAAAAAAGAAAAGAAAUGAAAAGUAAUCUGAGACAGACAUUGCAUUUUUACCUCCUUGCAAUCCUUUUAAUGUCUCAAAAAAUUCUUAACCUUGUAAAAGGCCAGUUUGUGAUGAUUCUUCAGUUUGAUUAAAGGUAACGUGUGCGAUUUUAAAGGGUGUGGAGGAGGAAAAUGGACAGCAAAUUGCCUUAGCUUCUUUCUUCUUUUUUGCGGGAGGGGUACUGGGGAUUAAACUCAGGACCUUGUGCUUGUGAGGC